AUGGUGUGGGCAGUGACAGCCCUGGCAGCAGCCACCCUCUGCCUCCGUGUCUCCACAGAGCUGGUGAAAGUCACAGUGGCUGCCCUGAUUUUUGGAGCUGUCCUGUCCAAGACUGAGCAUCCCCAGCUCGGGGUGUGUGACCUGGAGCCGGGCAGCAUCGGAUCGGAUCCCAGCACCCUGGACCAGCUGAAGCUGUGCCCGGCGCUGACGGGGGCACAGCAGGAUGCCCUCAAUGCCCUGCUCCUCUCGGGGCGCUCCGAGUACGGGGAUCCUUCGAGCUGGGAUUUACAGACCCUGCGAGAUUUGGGGCCGCUGGUGCUGGCGUUGAACCAGACCACGCUGAGUUUGGUGGCCGAGGCAGCCCGGGAGGAUUUCAGGAGCACCGCAGCCUCCUCCAUCACCCAGGGCCAUUCCCAGCGGGACAAAUCCCUGCUGCUCCCCGGGGCAGCCGCUGCCUCCCGUCCCAGGCUGAAGCGCAGCUCGGACCGCUGCCAGUCCGAGCCCAUCACCGCCGACAGCAUCUUUGAAAUCCUGGACCUCAGCCUUGAGCAGCUGGACCUGUGCCUGAGCAAUGAUGUGCUGAUAAAAAACCUGGAGGAUGUGGUGGUUCUGCCAAUCCCCUCAGAGAUGUCCCAGGUCCUGAAAAAAAAGGUGGAUGAGGCUUUCCCCUCGGGGCUCCCCGAGCAGCAGCUGAGGCGCCUGGGGACGCUGUCCCGGCUCUACACGGGGCAGGAGAUCAGCCGGUGGCCGGUGACAUCCAGCGACACCCUGUCAGCGCUGCUCAGCCCCUCGGGAGGAGACUGGAACGACUCCCAGGUGCAGCAGCUGAUCAGCAGGUACCUGGCCCUGGAGGGCUCCUGGACUGGGCCCCUGCUGCAGGAAAUGGGGGGCAAACAGCUGUGCCAGCUGCAGGAGGAGCAGAUCCAGCAGAUCCCUGCUGCUGCCAUCGGGACUGCUGGGCAGCUGGACAUCUCCACCUGCUCCCAGGCCAAGAAGGAGCAGCUCUAUGGGAAGGCUCGGGAGGCCUUUGCCAGCCUGGGCGGCUCCCCCAGCUCCUAUUACUGCAGGAUCCGGCCCUACCUGGGUGGAGCUCCAGCAGAGGAUCUGAAGGACUUGGCUAAUUCUGGUGUGUCCAUAAACAUGGAUCUGCACACCUUCCUGGCCCUAAACCCCGAGGAACUGCAGAAACUCAGCGUCAUGGAUGUGAAACGUCUGCUGGGGGAAAACCUGCCCGAGCUGAAGGAAGCCGAGCACGAGCCCUCGGUGGAGAGCUGGGUGCAGAAACAAUCCCAGCAGGAGCUGGACUGCGUGCUGGGCAUCGGCCUGCAGGGGGGGCAGCCAGCGCCCGCGGGGACAGCCAGCCCUGCCCCGGCCACUGCCACCGGCCCUGCGGCCACCACCCCCGCCAGGGUCACCUCUGGGGUCACUGCCACCCCAGCCAGUGUCACCUCUGGGGUCACUGCCACCAGCCCUGUGGCCACCACCCCAGCCAGUGUCACCUCUGGGGUCACUGUCACCAGCCCUGUGGCCACCACCCCUGCCAGUGUCACCUCCACAGACACUGUCCCCACCUCUCCUCACCCUGCCACCUCAGCCAAUGUCACCCCUGUGCCCACCACCCUCCCCACUGUCCCCACUCCUCCUCACCCCUCGGCCAGUGUCACUGUCGCCACCCCCAGUGCCAUUAGCAGCCCUCAGCCGAGCACGGUGCCCCCCAGGACCCCCGCCCUGAGCACCCCAACCCCUCCUGACACCCCCCCACACACUGGGGGUCCCCCUGUCCCCCCUGUCCCCUCUGCCACCCCCUCUGCCAGUCCUGCUGUGACCAGCGCCCCCCCCUGCCCCACCCAGCAGACAGACAGAGCCACCUCCCCCGCUGUCCCCGCCAGCACCCUCCUGGCCGCCAGCAGCCCCAGUGCCACCCCUGUCCCUGCUGCCACCUCCGGGACCACCACCGCUGGCAAUGUCCCAGAGCCACCACGGACAACAUCCAACGGCUACAUCAACCUGCAGCCCCCGCCUGGAUCAGGAUCCAGCCUCUGCUCCUGCCUCCUGCCCCUGCUGGCAGCCACCACCUCGAGCCUCCUGCUCUGGGGGCUGCUCUAG